AUCCUACCAUCGCACCUUCUGUUGAACAAGAGGCGUCCUCGGUUGAUAAAUGGGCAUUGCUAUCUUCGGAGGGUAAAAAUGUAAAGGGUAGAGUGUCCGCUCAAGAGAGCCCUGCUCAGAAUCUCAAGGGUCCCAUCAUUGAAAGCAGCCAAGAUUCUUUCUUCACGACUCCGAAACGCCCCUUGCUCGAUACUGAAGAGAUUCUAAAUACCCCGGAACCCGAAUUCGAAAAGCCAGGGGUGAUUCUCGAUCCUGGGAGCGCCAAAGAAGCAAAUAAUGACUUCGAGAAGCCGGUGUUUAGUAGGAAGCUUAGCAAGAAAGAAAAGAAAGCUAAGAAGAAGUCGACAACCUCGGCGUGGGAUGAGGAGCCACUGUCUGAAAGCCAAGCAUCCAUCCAACCUAAAACUUCGGAAAAUAUGCUUAUGCCCGAUUCAGCCCGUCAAGAGCCUUCGGUUGGUUGUGAAAUCCCUAGCGACAUUCAGAUACCGGCCGUCCAUCCUCAUAUGCGCCCUGAAAGCGAAGUUGAGGGUGAACGCGAUGUUCCUAUGCUCGAGCAGCCAUCUCAGCAAUUCCUGGAAGGACAGCCAACCACAACGGCACAGGAGGCCGCAAUGGAGCCCCAGGUACUUCCCGCCGCUGAGGAAUCUGCCAUUGACAGAACGGUACAAGAACCUAGCGUUGGGUUGAGUACCGAGCAACGCACGGAAGUGCCCACAGAGGACGACUGGCCAAUUACCACUCCGAAGAAAACGAAGAAAGGCAAAAAAGAGAAGAAGGACAAACGGCAGUCUGCUCCUCUCGACUGGAUCGAUGAACCUGAGUCCAAGUCCUCUGAGAUUCCAGAAGAGGUACCCGAUAAACCUCUGCAGCAACCCCCUGAGUCAGCAGGAAUUCUUGAAACGAAAGAGAUUAACGACGAAUUUACUCCAACACCACAGCCUUUAGCCAUACCGCAUGACAUCGCCGAGAGACCUCUACGUGAGGAUUAUCAGCCUGAUAUUGCUCCAGAAGUCGUCGAGCCGCCUUUACCGGAAGCAAAUCUCCCUUCAACUUUGGACGAGGUCAGAGAACAAUCAACCCAAGGGGGAAUUGCUCGCGGGGAGCCAGCACCACAACGUGAAGUUGUUCAGGAGACGCCCCGCAAACCUGAAGAGGACAACCUGUGGGCGCCACCCAGCAGGAAAGCCUCAAAAAACGGAAAGAAAUGGAAGAAUGCGAAAGAUGCCCCAUCCCUCGAUCUUCAUGAGGAUCCGAGCACUCCGUCCGCUUCAGAGCCAGAAUUACCAAUCAAGCCCUCUAUGUCCUUGCAAUCUACCGAACCCAUUCCUAUUCCAGAGAAUAUUCCAGAGCCCGCUAUUAAUAAGGAUAUUCAGACGGAUGAGCCAGUGGUUCCUUGGAGUUCUCUGUCGAAAAAGUCAAAGAAGGAUAAGAAAAAGGGCAAGAAGAGCAAACCAGCUUCUGGCGCCGCCACUCCUAUAGCUGAGAAGGACGCUGAGAUGUUGGAAGAAUCACCUCUGGGUAAGGAUAUUGCUGAAGUGCCAUCCGUAGCACAAUUAGAAGAGUCUCAGGUUCAGACAAUCUCACCCGAUAUAAAAAUUCCCGAGGAUGAAAGGCCAGGAGAAAUUCAUGUUCCAUCAUAUGAGGAUGAACUGCCAAUCUCUAUCGAGGAUGAACCUACUCAUCCUACUCUUCCUCAAGAUAUCCCCGCUCCAUCUGAGCAAGUGGAAGAACCUGAACGAUCUCCCGCAGAGGAUUCCAAAUUCCCACUCUCCUGGUCAGAAUCUAAGAAAAGGGGAAAGAAAGACAAGAAAAACAAAAAAAGUCGAAAUGGUGGCGAUGAUGCGAUAUUAGAGGACGCCCCUGAGUCUACCAUUUUGCUCCGGCCAGAUCUUGACCAGGCAAUGUCGAUUUUGGAAGAGCGUGAACCCGAGAAACUCAAGAUCCAAUCUGAAGCGGAGCAACUACCAAGGAUCUCUCAGGAUGAUGAAGUCAAGCUUAUGCGAUCUGUGUCUCCCCCGCAAUCCCCACUCCUCGGUGGGAAGCACGAACAUCUUGGGUCACAGUUUGAGAGAGAGAUCUUAACUUCGUCAGUCGAGGACGCUGAAACCAAACCGCAGCACUCUACAUCCACGUCGCGAUCUCCUGUUCUUAUGCAGCAACCCUACAAACUCGAAGCUGAGGCACAAACCGAGUCUUUACCCACACAUGGCCAAGCUGUCAUUGUUGAAUCCCGGCGCGUUGCAUCUCCGCCAAGACCUCCGGCGCUUGAACCAAUGCAAGAUCUGCAGCAAGCUGAAUCAGAGAAUGUCCUCGCCCUGUCAACUCAAUCCCAAGCUACCGCAUCUUUGGUCCCAGAUGAACUACCACCACCCUCAAGCCCGGCGUUUGAUAAGGGCGUCUUCCACGAUCUCCCGACACAGACUCCAGAACCGGCGGAUGUGCCACGUGAUGUGCAAGUACCAAGCCAUCAAACCGACUCCCCAGCAACUCCGCUGUCCCCUUCAACGAAGGCGUUACAAGAUGACAUCGCCGAUUUCAAACAGCGAUUAGAAGUGCUUGACGAAGCUCUCCAAACCGCAGACGAACUAUCGGCUUCCCAGCCUUCAUCAAUCUUCGAUCCUGUAAGCAAGCUCGGUAAGAAAGACAAGAAAGGCAAGAAGGCCAAGGGUAGCGCUUUUCACUGGCCCGAACCCACAACACCUGGCGUGGAAGCUGUGAAUGUCCUCAAAGCUGAAGAGCGAGUUCAGGAAGAAGAGUCUACGCUGGUUGAGGUUCCUGCAAGGAAACUGAGCAAGAAAAACAAGAAGGCUAAAGCGGCUGCUUUGAGUUGGGAUGAAGAGAACGCACCUGUCCUGGAAACACAAGAGCCAAUCAUCGAAGAGCCUGAGGUCGUUGACACUCCUGAGAUACCCUCCGAAACCCAGGACAUCCAAACAGAAGGGACGAGCGAUUUUGCCACUCCUACACGCAAGCUUAGCAAGAAAGACAAAAAGAAGGCGAAGCCUGCUUCUUUGACUUGGGAUGAACCUCAAGAGGAGCGCAUACCUGUCUCUGAAAUGAAGGAACCAAUUGCCCAUGAGCCUGAGGUCUUUAAAAAUCUUGAUAUACCCUCCGAGAUCCAAGCUAGUCAGGCAGAAGAGACAAGUGGCUUUAGCACCCCUACACGCAAGCUUAGCAAGAAUGACAGGGAAAAGGCUGCGAAAGCGAUGGCGUUUGAAUUUGCCGAGCAGUCGACGAUCGACAACGAACCAAUGCCCUUGCUAGAGACUCAAGAGAACCAUCAGAAAGAAGUGGAUUCAGUACUUUCCGAAGCCCAGAUCACUCUUCAGGACGAGACAAGACCGAAGCUAGAACCCACAAUCAUCCCAGAGGUGCAAGAGCCAGUCAUGGAUGAAGGUCCAACCUUAUCUCGCAAACGGAGCAAAAAGGACAAGAAGUCAAAGGGAGUGGUGAUAUGGGAGGAACCCGUACCAGACCCCCCGAAAACUCCAACACUCUCUGAUCAGAGUCUCGGUCGGACUGAAGUCGAACCAUUGCCCACCGAGCCACAGGGAAUAGUGACAGCAGAGCGCCCUACAGUGUCCCGCAAGCUGAGCAAGAAGGACAAGAGGAAAGCUAAGCAAACCUCUCUUAGUUGGGAUGAGCCGGCGACUUCAUCUAGUGAUCUAGUGAAUCUCCCUGAGUCUCAGGAGAUGUUGGAUGCUGGCAAGGAUGAGUCUGAACUCACGCUAGUCGCACAAGCGUCAGAUAUGCCGCAGGACAAAGCGAGCGGUUUCAGCACGCCUACACGUAAGCUCACCAAGAAAGAUAAGAAGAAGGCCAAGACUGUUGCGACAAGCUUGGAAGAAUCUGCCGAGCUUCGCAGCCAGCCAUCAUCAAUUCCAGAUGUUCAAGAAUCGGUCAAGAAGCAGGAAUCAAGCUUUGGUGGGGAAGAGGAGGGGGUGACUCAUAGGAAAGAUUUUCCGCAAGACAUAAUAUCAAAUCUAGGCGAUGCUCAAGAGCUGCCUCCACCGAACGAACAGCAUGUCGAAACUCUAAUACUUGAGCAGCAAAUGGAAGCUUCGUUGGCUAGCCACCCCUUCCAGGCUCCAACCGAGCAGCAAAUCGAGGGUCCAUUGCUAGAACCACAAGCGAAGACUCCCAAAUCCGAAUGGGAAAUUGAGACACCAAGUGAACCACAAAUCGAAAUCCCUUCGGCCACAGCGGUAGCGAAACCCAAAGAGCCAGCCAAAGAGCCAGAGUUGGACGUUCCCAAGACGGCCAUGGAGGACGAGCUUGUAGUUACUCCGGCUUUGACACGCAAGCAGAGCAAGAAAGAUAAAAAGAAAAAGGGCAAAGCCGCUGCUACUUUCGACUGGACCGAGGAUGCCCCUGGUCUCGAGGAACCCAUAGCCAUCUCUGAGCCUCAGGCUUCUGUUGACCAGGAUGCUCUAGUUGAUGAUUUCGCGCCUGUUUCUAGUAAGAAAGGCAAGAAGAAAGGUAAAACUGCUGCUUUCAAUCGGACCGUACCAGCCCCAGCUCUCGAGGAACCACCAACCGUCUCUGAGCCUCAGGCUUCUGUUGACCCGAAUGCUCUCGUUGAUGAUUUAUCGCCUGUUUCUAGUAAGAAAGACAAGAAGGGCAAAGCUGCUGCUUUCGAUCAGACCGAACAAGCCCCAGCUCUCGAGGAACCCACAGCCAUCUCUGAUCCUCAGGCUUCUGUUGAUCGAGAUGCUCUAGUUGAUGAUUUCGCGCCUGUUUCUAGUAAGAAAGACAAGAAGAAGGGUAAAACUGCUGCUUUCAAUCGGACCGAACUAGCCCCGGCUCUCGAGGAACCACCAACCGUCUCUGAGCCUCAGGCUUCUGUUGACCGGAAUGCUCUCGUUGAUGAUUUAGCGCCUGUAUCUAGCAAGAAAGACAAGAAGGACAAAGCUGCUACUUUGGACUGGACUGAGGAUGCCCCUGCUCUCGAGGAGCCCACAACCAUCUCUAAGCCUCAGGCUUCUUCUGUUGACCGAGAUUCUCUCGUUGAUGAUUUCACGCCUGUUUCUAGUAAGAAAGACAAGAAGGGCAAGUCUACUGCUUCCAAUCAGACCGAACCAGCCCCAGCUCUCGAGGAACCGGCAACCGUCUCUGAGCCUCAUGUUUCCCUUGACCAGGAUGCCCUCGUUGACGAUUCCGCAUCCGCUCUCAACAAGAAAGAGAAGAAGAAUAGCAAAAAGAGGGCGUCGGGUUUUGGUUGGACCACUGCGGAGGAACGCGAGAGUGCGAGUGUGCCUGAGCCUCAGACCACACAGACUAAACCACCUCAGCUUAACGCUGAGCAACCGACCGUCGGAGUAGUUCCUGUCAUUUCCGAGACCCAGGAACAGAUCCAAGACAUUCCCGUAGUCAACGCCCCAGUAUCUGGACCCCUCCCUGGCAAAAUGCAAUCUGAAGAGGCUGUGGAGUCAAACAUUCCCCAGACAGACGUGGCCCCCAUUGUGCCAAUCUCACUGCUUAAAAUAGAAGAUCCUUCUAUGCAUGUGCUCACAGACCAGCCAAAAUUGGAGCCUGAGUUUAAGUUCACCCCCAAGACGAAUAAAAAGGAAAAGCGGAAGUCGAAGAGGGCCACUGCCGCCUUCGAAGAGUCCUUGGAGGCAGUCGGAUCGCACACUUUAGCGGGUAGUGCAAACCCCAUCAUAGAGCAGCCCGCUCCUUUCCAAGCCGCGCCGACUGAUCAACUGGCUAAGAAAGAUGUCUCUACUCUCCUUGCAGAGCCCGAGAUUCUAACUCCUGCCAAUGAGGCUAGUGACAUUGCAUUCCCGACUAAGAAGAGCAAGAAGGAGAAGCGCAAAUCGAAGAAAGGAAAUGUCGCUAUCGAAGAAUUUGCCCAACCUGCGGAGCUAUUAGAUGAGCAAGAAUAUAUAGAGCAAAGUGUGCGAGAUAUUCAUACCCCUACGCUAAGCACAGAGGCUCGCGAGACCGUUGAUAUCGAUACCAGUAAAGCACUCAAUACCAAGGAACAUAUUGUCCCAUCGACUUCGGUGGAGGUUACGCAACCCCCUUGCCCGGAACCCGAGAUAUCAUCAUUUUCCCCUAUUGAUGCCAAGCCGGCCAAACGCAGAGGGAUGAUUGGUAAACUUGCCGCUAUGUUUGAGCAAGAUACGCUUGCGGAGCAGGAAAGGCCACCCAUUGUGCGGCCUUGGUCUCGUGCGUCGAAGAAGGAGGCAAAGAUCGAAACAACUACUCCAGAAAGUGCGCCUGAAACUGUUCUUGUUCCGCAGACUGAGGCCCCUGCACGUGCUUCUGGGGCAACUCUAAUCCGUAAUCUCGAAGAGGAAUCGCCGCCGCAUCAUGUUCUUGAGAGAAUGGAGUUGGGCGGGCAAAGCAAAGCGGUCCCCGUUGAAGAGCCAAUUAUCAACCAUGAUCUUCCAGAAGAACUCGCUGCUCAUGUUGUUCCUGAGGAGAUGGACCUGGGCAAGGAAAUCAAGGAAGAGGUCAUUGUAAAAGAUAUAGCACCACACCCUUUCACUGUGCCCCGAGCCUCAUCUCCCGACAAGACCACCGAUUUCUCAGCUGCCGUUAUGGCAGGUUUGGCAGAAUCGGGAUUCAAUACGGACUUGGUUCUCAAGGACCCGUCAUUCCACCGAUCGACGUCUCCGCCAGGUACUCGAGAUAUUUCUCCAGAAGAAGACAUCGCAAUCGCUCGAAAAGAAGCUAGUAAAUCCAAACUCGGUGAUCUGGGACGAACUUCACCAAUCCCCGUAUCUCCAAAAAGCCAACCUGUUACUGAAGUACCGGCGGAAGUUCCUCAUACCGAAGUUGCUACUGCCUCAACUCACAACCCAAGCUUCGACCCCAUCGAUGUUGUGAAUGAUCCGUUCUUUAGCCGACGGAAAACGCCUCCAGGUGUUCUCGAAGAGGGUGAUCCUGAGGAACUUUGGAUGUCUUCGAAGAAGGUGAAAAAAGGGAAAAGGAAGCGGGCCUCGGCACCUAUAACACCUGUCGAGAGCGGGAUUCCUGGGGCUGAGCAGGCUGGGAUGAUCCCCAUGGAACUUGAAGACAAGGUGGAGACUGAUGGAAAGCGGUUCAUCGAGCCCAGCGCAGAUUUGGGGACUGUAUCAGCCGAACCCGAUCAUCAGGUUGAGCCCAUAGUGCUUUCGGGUGAGAAGGGCCUUCGAGAAACAAUCGCCGAACCUAUUGCGACAGCCUUAGUCAAGCCUCCUAAGACAACACACGACACGCCGGUUGCAACAACGUUUACUGAACAGCAGGCCCACGCAGAGUCCGCCGGUCCCGUGUCAUUUGAACAACCCACAUUCGAACCCGUUGAGUCUUCCGACGCAACUCCGAUUGAAGAAGAGCCCGAGCCCCCAUUGACAACAUCAAAGAAGAAGGGCAAGAAAGCAAAGAAAGACAAGAAACGAGCUUCUCUUGCACAAGACAACAUCGAAACAUCAAUCGUUGAUGAUCCGGUGGUUGAGGUUCAGGCGGUUCUACCUCUCGCCGUUGAGACUCCAGCCGAUUUAAACGGCAGAGAUAUGCAGUCUGAGAAGCCAGCGCUGGCUUCGACUUUUGAGUCUAAAUCUCGGGCGCUACCUGAACAUGGGGACUUGGCGGACACCCUAGGUGACAAGUCAUCAUUCGACGUGGCACACAAUGCCAACGUGCACCUGCAUGAAGAUCAGCCUAAGCCAACUUUCGACGAAUCUAAAAUCCAGUCGAACGUGAUUGAGCCGGUGUUACCCCAUGAGGUGAACGAGAAGCCAUUGGAGGAGCAGGUCCUCACUCCCAGUGCAGAACCAGAGACAAUCGGCGACAUCUGGGAUGAGCAGUCAAGGAAGAAAGGUAAGAAAGGAAAGGGCAAGUCAAAGCGCUCCAGCACACCAGAGCGGCCUUUCGAGCCUAAAACACUAUCAGGUGCAGUUACACCACGCGCAGAUGUCACUAAUUUAACACGCGAAAUCGAAACGGAUGUCGUCGAAGAUGAUCAGCCAUUGGAGACGGACGAUUGGACAAGUUCAAAGAAGAAAGGAAAGAAAGGAAAGAAAGGGAAAUCUGGAUCAACAGCGCUUCUAGCCACCAGUGCAACGGCUCUAGGCUCGAUAGCCCUUGGUAAGAGCGAUAGCAUCAAACAGACCCAGGAGGAUCGCGGUGCAAUGAUCAACGAGGCUCUAGAACCAAUGGGGUCAGGUGCUUACGAACCUCCUUCUAUGUUCGAUGAAGGGCAGAAAUAUUUGGAUGAGGUCAAGGGGUCGGACUAUCCACUUCUAGAGGUAGCGACUAAGAAAGUGGAUCUACUUCCUGUCGAGCAAUUAGAAACAGUGAGAGACGAUAUGAUGGAUCAGACGGGGGAAUGGGCUUUGCCGUCAAAAAAGGAUGGAAAGAAAGGCAAAAGAGGGGCAGAUAACGUUGAACAAGAGAGUCGGAAAUUUAAGGAACCGGGAAUAGAGCAACUCGGAAAGACCGCGGGUGAGGAUACUUUUGGAGGAGAGGGAUUUGAGCAAGGGUUGUCGACUCAUGAUGAAACGAUAGAGCAGUCUCGAGAACGGGUAACUGAAGUGGCACAUGUGGAUGUACCUGAUCCUCUUGUGGAUCCUCACAAAGGGAAUACCAUUCAUUCCGAGGUAUCCACCCACGAACUUAGAGAUUCCAUGGGCAAGAACAUCUCUCCUCCAAGACAGCCAACUGGUCUGUUCCCUAGCGUCGAGUGUAUCAAGCGACGAGUACCAUCACCUGAAGGACAACCAGAAGAGAAACGCGUGCAUCUCUCGGAGCCAGCACCAAAGAAAUCCGAAGUCUCAGUGGAGAUGCCACAGGCUGAGUACGAAUUGGCACCCAUCCGGCAAGCUCCCGACCCCGUGAUUCGUGGUGUACCUGACAUUGAGCCUCCGUAUCAAACCACGGAUAAGUCAAUUGCGGAAGCAUCCACGGUGCCAACUAGCAGCCGUGAUCGUUCUCCUAUCAUCGAACCAACAUGGUCAUUUGGUGGAGUUCGUGACAGCGCUGUCCACGUGUCAGACUCACCGCUCCUCUCUGCGGGCUCACGCUUCGAGUCCAAUGCCCGAGACAGUGGAUACCAUGAUGCAGGAUACAGUCCUUCGAUGCCGCAAGGCUCAAGCGAACCAGUAAAGGAACUUCACUACGAAGGGAAGACAAAAGACACACAGGAUCGAAAAUCCGAUUAUAGCAUUGUUGAACGAACGAUCCAUGAAGACCCGGGAGUGGAGCCUCGCUCACGAAGCCCUUCUCUCCCCGAGCCGAGUUCUUUCAUCGGCAGUAUAACAUCACCGUCCGCCGUUGAUUCGGCCACGAAGGAGCGUACAUCGUACUUGUUCAACUCGUCGCCAUCGACACGAGGUUAUGUUGAGUCUCCUUUAGCUGCUGUGAAGGCUCGCCAGCACGACAUAGUUCCUGAGGCGUCUCCGUUAAAACACCCGAAGGAUGUCAAAGAUAACUCGAAACAUGUGAAGGAUUCGCAAGCCAAAUCGCACAAGGAAUCUGAAGAGUCUCGCCAUUCGACGGCCAGAUCAAGAUCCAAGGAUAGAAGCUCACCCACUAGGCAAACGCCCAUCAGAGAGCCACCCCCGUCGAUCUUUGGUGACCCGCGUGAGAGGCAGUCUGAGAAGUCAGCAACAUACUCGACUCCGAGACAUAUGAAAUCACCAAAUCCACAACUCGACACUAUCAAAGAAUCCAGUCCAGAUGAUUCGCCACUGCAUAAAAAGGGACGACCGAUCUCUGAUGUCGGUGCCCCUGAACGAGGUGUUAAGUCUGCGCGACGAAGUGAGAGCCCCAAGCCGUUCUCAGAACGGUUGAAAUCACCACCUCCUGUCACGCCUACUCCUUCCAGCCGCAAGCCCAGCAGUCGUAAGCCCAUUCCUCCCACACUAGAAACCUCACCAGCCGAUACCCCUUCAAAGGAUACUCCAUGGCAUCAAGUCCAUGAGGGUGUUGAUCGGAGCAUGGCUCUGAGUCCUGCACGAAGACUGCGCUCUCCCGCGGUAACUGACCCAACGAAGCAACGCAUGGGUGAACAGCGAUCUCCAAGCGUGCUCAGUGACCGUUCUACGGGCGGGGUUGCAAGGCACAAAACUCCAGACCAUUUUCAAGCAUUGAGCCCUGCGAGCAACCGAUCAGCCACUCCACCUUUACGGCGAGUGGACAGAAGCUUGUCAGGUGACCUUCGGAGUCGAGCGAGCCUUGGCGAGGUCCAAGCGCGGGACACUAAAAACGCGCAACCUGAUCUCACAGACAUUGCGAUCGCUGCUGGAGCAACUGCAGCCAUCGCAGCCAUCGCGAGUUCAUCAAAAUACGAUCCGGUCAGACACAAGGGCAAGGGUCGCGCGGACAUGUCCGAUGUCUACGAGGCAUGGGGCGAGGCUCAAGGUUCGCCAAUGUCCCCGACGCGCCCACCUAGUGUGCGUAAGCGACAAAGCAUGCAAAUAAUGGACUUAACAACACAACUCGAGCAACUCGCCGCGCAGAACCGAUCGCUGGAAGAAGCUAAGGCUAAGGCUGAGGAGUCUAUGCAAGCUGCUCAGUAUCAACAAGAUGUUGAUAAUCAGGUGAUUCAAGAAACUAUUCAAGCAAGAGACCAGGAAAUCCACCAGAAAGACAUCGACAUUGCACAGCUGCGCGAUACACUUCGCACCCUUCAGGGAGAAGUGACAAGACUCACGCAAUUGAACAACACACUUACCGAGGCCAAUCAUAAUCUCACCAACGACACAAACGAGCGAUAUGCUCAACUCCAAUCCGAAGGUCAACAGGUUCAUCAGCAAUGGCAACAAUCUACUAGGGAGCUCGAAGAUCUGCGGACGCAGCACAACCAGUUAACCUCGGGAAUGCAAGAUGCAUUGCGAGCGGAGAUUGGACUCGCGAUCGACGAGCGCAAUGCUGAGAUCGAGCGUCUCAAGACCGAACUAGCAACCGCUACGGACAAGAUCAAGACUCUACAGAGACAGAUACAAGCUUCUAAGCAGGGCGACAGCUUCCUUGUCGUACGAGACGAGGACUACUUCGAUAGCGCAUGCCAGCAGCUCUGUCAACACGUGCAGCAAUGGGUGUUGCGAUUCUCCAAACUCUCAGAUAGCAGGGCUUGUCGCUUGUCGUCGGACGUCGCGAGAGAUCACAAGCUUGAUUCUGCGACCCGAGAAAAGAUCGAAACUCGUCUAGACAACGCUAUCUUAGACGGCUCUGAUGUCGAUAUGCUAUUAGCAGACCGUGUCAAGCGUCGAGAUGUCUUCAUGUCAGUAGUGAUGACGAUGAUUUGGGAGUAUGUCUUCACGAGAUAUCUCUUCGGUAUGGACAGAGAACAACGACAAAAACUCAAGUCGCUGGAGAAAACAUUGUCGGAAGUUGGCCCCACAAGAGCUGUUGCCCAGUGGCGAGCAAUAACGCUCACCCUACUCUCCAAACGCGACCCAUUCAUCCAACAGCGCAAACAAGAUACUGAGGCCGUGGUCCAGGAAAUUUACAGCACGCUCUCUACCCUCCUCCCGCCAGCAUCCCAUCUGCAGAAGCAGAUUCAAGAAUCUCUCCGCAAUGUCAUGCGCCUCGCCGUCGAACUUUCCAUUGAAAUGCGCACCCAGCGCGCAGAAUACAUCAUGCUUCCACCUCUCCAACCGGAGUAUGACACUAAUGGCGACCUCAUCGCCAAAGUAACUUUCAACGCAAGUCUCAUGAACGAACGUAGUGGCGAAACAUCAAGCAACGACCAACUCGAAGCACGGGGGGCAGUGGUCAAGAUCGUGCUGUUUCCGCUCGUUGUAAAGAAGGGAGAUGAUUUUGGUGAAGGCGAGGAUGAAAUUGUGGUGUGUCCUGCGCAGGUACUAGUGGCGAGGGCGACGAAUAAGAAAGUUGUGAGAGUGCUAAGUGGUGCGAUGAGUAUUGAUAGUAGGCAGAGAAGUGUGAUGAGUUUGGCGCCCGAGAGUUCGGUCAUGGAUUUGGAUGGGGGAAAUAUGAUUUAGUAGCGAUUGGCGAGUUUUGUCUGUUGCAUGGCGUGGGAAUGACUCUUUUUGGUCUUUUCUUUUAGUGAGGGUUUGGGUUUGGGUUUGGGUCUGAUUUUGGUGUUUAGGGGAUUUAACGACUCUCUUACUGUCAUUUUCCCUUUCCUUUAUUUCUUGAUUUCAAGGUCUCCAAAGGACAUGUUGGCUUUAGUUUGUAAUAUUUAGGUUUGUAGGAUUGAAAAGAGGUCAUUCGGUUCUAUACACUCAGGGGUUUCUAAA